GUUCAGGUAUGCCUUCGGUUUCGCAAUCCGGAAGUAGCGUUUUUGUGUAUUUCCGUUUAGAAGCCACGUGACUACCAACACUAACAAUGGCGCUUUGCUGUGCACUUAGCAAUGAAACCCCUGAACAUCCUUGCAUUUCACCGGUAUCAGGUCAUAUCUUUGAGCGUAGACUUUUGGAAAAGUACAUUCAAGAAAAUGGAACUGAUCCAAUGAAUGGGGAAAAGCUGACAACUGAUGUUCUUGUUGAUAUUAAAGCUUCACCUCUAAUUAAACCUCGACCACCUUCAGCUACAAGUAUUCCAGCCAUUCUAAAAUCUUUGCAAGAUGAAUGGGAUGCUGUCAUGUUACACAGUUUCACUCUACGACAACAAUUACAGACAGCUAGACAAGAAUUAUCUCAUGCUUUGUAUCAGCAUGAUGCUGCCUGUCGUGUAAUAGCUCGUCUCACAAAGGAAGUAACUGCUGCAAGAGAAGCUUUGGCUACUCUCAAACCCCAAGCAGGUAUUGUUGCUGGGCCUGCUGGUUAUGCUGCACCAACACCACAACCUGCUUAUGCAGCAGAAGCAGGACCUGAAGCUGCUCAGCAGCCAACAGAGGGCGCUGGCAUGACAGAAGAAGUCCUUCAGAAGCUCCAAGACAAAGCCACUUUGUUAACAGCUGAACGAAAGAAGAGAGGUAAAACUGUUCCUGAAGGUUUGGCGAGCUCAGAAGAUAUUCGUGGCUACAGACAAUUGGCUUCACACACUGGUCUUCAUAGUGCUAGUGUUCCUGGUAUUGUAUCAUUGGACAUUUGUUUGCGAGAUACAUCGAAGAUAGUUACAGGUGGGAAUGACAAGAAUGCUGUUGUUUUCAACAAAGAUACAGAACAAGUUAUGGCAAUUCUUAAGGGACAUACAAAGAAAGUUACCAGUGUCAUCUACCAUCCAGAAGAAGAUCUGGUGUUUACAGCAUCUCCUGAUAGCAGCAUCCGUGUUUGGGGCAUUCAGACUGCUCAGUGUGGUCAAGUGAUUCGUGCUCACGAAGCUCCUGUUACUGGUCUGAGUCUUCAUGCUACUGGAGAUUACUUACUCAGUAGUUCCACCGAUACAUAUUGGGCUUUCUCAGAUAUUCGAACUGGUAAAGUGUUAACUAAAGUCACUGAUACAUCUUCUCCACACCCUCUGACUUGUGCACAAUUCCAUCCUGAUGGUCUUAUUUUUGGAACUGGAACUGAGGAUUAUAUGAUUAAAAUCUGGGAUUUGAAAGAACAGAUCAAUGUAGCUAACUUCCCUGGGCACAUGGGCCCAAUUACCAGUAUUGCAUUUUCUGAAAAUGGUUACUACCUUGCUACUGCUGCUGAAGAUGCUGUUGUGAAACUGUGGGAUUUGCGUAAAUUGAAAAACUUCAAGACUAUCCAACUGGACGAUAAAUAUGAAGUACGCAGUCUUUGUUUUGAUCAGAGUGGAUCUUAUCUUGCUGUGGCAGGUACUGAUGUUAGGGUUUACCUCUGUAAACAGUGGCAAGACUUGGCAGUUUUUAAUGACCACACAGCAUCAGCUACUGGUGUGCGAUUUGGUCACAAUGCUACAUUUGUGGCUUCAGCUAGUAUGGAUCGUUCAGUUAAAUUCUUUGGAAUGAAUUAAGACCAUUACUUUAUGUGAAUGUGUGUAUGUGAGCAUAUAUGUGUGAGUCUUCGUUUAUAAUGUGCUGCAAGUAAUGUCAGUUGUGGAAAAGCAAACUCUUAAAGACAUCUUGCUAAUGUCGAUUUCAUCAAUAUUCUAAAUUUGACAAACAACAUGGAUUUUAAUAAAACAGUUGCUGUUAUUAUGUGACCAAAUUUUUUUUUUUCUUUCAAAAGUAAAGUUAUCAGAUAUUCAGUUUUUUAGAGUACAUACAUGCUUUUCUAACAGCUUCUUAUGUAACUAGUGACAAUAUUGUAUUAUUAGAUCUGGUUUGGAAUCUCCCAGUGUGAAGAUAAUCACCAUACACUUUGCACAGAUCACUCCAGUUAGCUUUAUUGUUGAUAUAUAUCAAUAUUUCAUUGGAAUUUAUCAGUAUGAAGAUCAGUAUUAUACAUUUUCACAGAUCAUCUAUCCACUCCAGUUGGAUUCUAUUGUUAAUAGAUAUUACGGUGUGAGAUUUGUCAUUAAAGCUCCAGAUCCUAUCUAGCUUCAUUUCAAGAACCUACAAAACAAGUCUUUUUUUACUGAUCUUUUCCUUGUCUUUAUAUGUCAAAAACUACGGUCUUUUUGUUUAAUUUAUUUUGAAGUUAGGUCUUAUAUAGUUUUAAAAUACUUCAUUCUUCUAUCAGUUUUCUUAAAUCCUUUUACACAUUUUUAAAGUUUAUUUUUGAACAUAAUGAUUGAGUUAAAUAACUUAAGGCUAAGCUACUUUUUUAUUUUACAUUAAGGGAUGCAAAUUACUUUGGUAGACAACGACAUGCUGUUUCUUAUCUUCUAAUGACUUUUCAGUCAACAAUUAUAUAUACAAAGCAAUUCUGGAGGUAGACCAAGUUGCUGUUAAUGGUUUGUGGAAUUUUAAACUAUAGUAUAUCUUUGGAUGAUUUAUUUUCUAUAGCAGGUUCCAAAUUCUUUCCAAAAAUUAAUUAUACUGUAGAAAUUUAUAACCAUGAUAGAGAAGUUUUUUUUAUUUUUUAAUCAUUUUCACCCUUGUUUCAUCAGAAUUUUCCUCUAUAUAAUAUUGCCAUGAUAAAAUCAAAUUCAGAAUUUUAAGCAUGUUUCAAAUAUUCUAGAAAUGAUUGUGCAGUGACUUCUUUCAAGAGGCAAAUUAAUCACCUUUGAUGUACAGUUCUACAAUCAUAAUGGUUGUCUUAAUUAAAGCUGCUUUCACUCUUUCCAUCCAACUUGUGGCGAAGAGGAUUCUGCACAUCAUUGAUAAUAUUUCAUUCUUUUUUGAUAUUGUAUUUUUUUUCUUUAUUAUUUUAUUAACUGACUCAUCUAUCAUCAGAAAUAAAACUGUUAAUUAUUAUAA